AUGUUUGAAAGUACAAGCGAUUAUCCAAGCAAUUCUUUCCAAGAGAUCUUGCUCGCGCUGUUGAACGUGUCUGCCUUUACCGAGCGGAAGGCCACGCCGGAAGAACUAACUGAGGAGCUAAAGUCGCCAAUCGCGCCGCAGAACUCGCAGCAAGCCGGGAGAAUGCAUCACAAUAAUCGCCGCGUGUCGCUAAUUGUCGGAAAAUCAAGGAUGCAAGAUGAAGAGUUGAAGUUCGUGCUGGAUAAAGGCAACGAAAUAGCCCGUGCAAACUUAGAGCGGCUUUCGUCACUUGACAAGGAGAAUCUGGAGGCAUGGCAGCUUUUCAGUGAGAGUUUGACUGCGGCUAGUGCGAACCAAUCUAUUGAUACGAGCCUUCGUCUGCAGGCCUGUAACAACCUUAAUUCUCUUAUCUUUCUCACCAUGAAACCAGCGCGGUUGGGUGAUGAUGAGACCUGGAACAGAAUACAGACAAGGAACUUGCAGACCUUGAAGGAACAUAUCGCGAGACUCUACGUGUCCGACGAAGUGCAUGCAAAGUCGGUCCCUGUUACCGUUAUUGAGAUCCACGAGCAGAGCCUGGAUACCUUGCACGCCAUUCUGGAGCAGUAUGCAGAGACGCUCACAGAUGGAUGGAGUCUUGUGUUCGAUCUGAUCUCUGGAGUGUUCGGAGUGACGAGUGAAGCCGAGAGUGUCACACAAGGCUCGUCUUCCGAGCGUAGGCAUCCAGCACAUCCGGGGGGUCCACGACUUGUCCGUGCAGCCUACAAGUCUUUACAUCUGAUUGCGUCUGACUUUGUCUCGCUUCUACCAGCGCCUUGUCUUCUGGCGCUUGUACAGUCACUCAAUGACUUUGCGUCCCAGACGCAGGAUUUCAACAUCUCAUUGACAACAACUACUUUCUUCUGGAACGUCUCGGACUUCUUGCGAGGGAGAAUGGACAAGUUCUCCGUUGGCGCUUAUGUCGAUGCUUCUGUUCGCGAAGAUGAUCUUGAGGCACUUUCUUGCAGCGAGGACUUAUCAGUAUCCAGUCAUUGUCUAUGGCUCCUGUUGCUACUCCGUAUCGUGGACAUUGCCUCUGAUUCAAGGUCAGAGAUCCGGAAUAGCGCAGUCCAUACUUUGCUGAGGAUUUUCGAUGCAUAUGGCCAACAGCUCUCUUCAAAAGCGUGGCGAUUGUGUCUGAAUCGAGUACUGUUUUCCAUGGUUGGGAAUCUCUCAGAUGUCCUGGAAAAGGUCCGGAAGAAGCAAGGCCCUGAAAACGAGCUCAAGCCAUGGAUCGAGACUACUGUACUCGUGAUUAAAGGCGUCUCUAGCCUGGUUGCCAACUUCUUGAAUGUGAUAGUGAGCGACGAGGACUUCCUUCAAUCUUGGAAGAGACUUUUCGACUUCCUUCAGAAACUAGUCGACAUGCGCCUUUUAGAACUCAGUGAGGCCACUUUUGCUAGUGUUUCUUCGAUCUUGACCCAGUGCAACUCAUCCGGGGAAUUGAGCAAAGAAGCCUGCCACUGCGUAUGGACUUUGUGGGCCAACGGCCAUCCGAUGCGAGAGGAGAACCCCGUUGACCAAAAUCGGUCGAACCAAGAUGCUGCCCUGGCGUACAUGCAGACCCUUCAGCAGUUAUACCAUUUGCACAAAAGUCACCUGGACGCAGAACAUAUUGAUACGAUCCUUGAGCAUCUGCGCCUACUGGUAUGGAAUUCGAUUUAUCCGCCGUACUCUCCGGAUACAGAGCGUUGCUCUGCAGUGCAAGCUUUGGUGAUCGGCUGCUUGAGGACGCUUUGCAUGGAAAAAGAGAAUUCACAGGCUGCCAUCCUGUCAUGCUUGGCUGAUCUGUCAGACUCACCUUUGAGUAAAUGGAACCCCAGCAGUGACUCGCGGAAGCCAGGGUUUGUUGCAUUCUCAAAGACCCUUAUUGACCUGAUCAGCUGGUACAUUGCAGAAUUCGGUAUCAAGCAAGAUAUCCUUUCGAAUGACGCUUUGGCCUUGAUUCUUGAACGAUUUGGUGCGCUGAUCCUGCAGAAGUACAUCUGGAAAGGAAAAGACCGCGACCCCUAUAUGUGGCAGAAAGCCUCUACGGCAACGCUCAAAGUUCUUGAAGUUGCAGUUCCUUACGUGGAAAAGCAGUACGACAGCGCCAAAAGAGCGGAUAUUGCACGGUUUUGGCGCUGUGUGGUGAACAUUGCUCAUGGCAUGGUGUCAGCACACGGAUAUCAAACCCAGCAGCUCCCGCAUUCUCGAAUCGCCGCCGACGAAGAGUUCGACAUUGCCGCCUUCACUCGUCUCAAAUGUCUGAUUUUGCCCUCUCUUGGCGCUGCAAUUGUUCCGGAUACCGUGCGUCAGAGCUUCGCCCUUGCACUCUUCCAUUCCUCAUUCAUCUACGCGCCCCAACGUCUAGACAUGCCUUUGACCUCCAUCGAGCAAGAUCCCCUGCGGGACUUCUACACCAUCCGGCCGGGACGAACCUUUGAUCCGCCCCCCACGCUUCGACCACAGAUGGCGUACGUACUGAUCGACUCCCUCUUCGAGCUGGCGGCGACUUCAGGUUCCGAUACCCCAACCUUUAGCCAACGUACACUAAUGGCGUGCUCCACCGCGCCUUAUCUUCUCCUGCGUUGCGCAAUCUCCCUCAAGAGCUUCAUCGCUGAUCAGCCCCUCCGCGGCCUGAUGCCCCAACCUACCCCAGCUCGCAAGGAACUCUUGCAUCUCCUCGACAGUCUGGAACAUCUGCAUAGCGAACCCUCUGCAAUCCCGGACUCGACGUGCAUCAAGACAUUCUCGUCAAAGGAGGAGUCCGCUUCUGGCCGUCAUUAUCGUAAGCAUUUGGAAUGGAUGUUUCCGCUUGUCGUGAAAGCCGUUCGUGUUGCUGGCAAGGAACGAGAUGAUGGGAGGGUCCUGCAGGCCCUCAGUGUGGUGCUACAGGAACUUGGUCAUUUCGAAUGA